AUGGCACUCCCAGAACCUGUCCCCACGGCUCCUUUCAGCUCAGAUCCCCAGGGCAGCUGCGAGGUGUCACUGGAUGAUGUGCUGCUCAGCUCCUCCACUCGAACUGCUGAGGUCCAGAACACUGAGACAGCUGAAGAUACCAAAGUGGAGAGAUGUCAGAUGGACACACUUGGUCCCAAAGCCUCCUCACCUCCUGCCUCCAGCUUGUGGACAACCCGACGAGAUGGAGAGGUGAGGCUGAGGAUGGAGGAGCAGGGCCCAGGCAGUGAGGUGCCAAAGACUGUCCACGAGCUGCUCCAGGAGGCUCUCAGGAAAUACAGGGACUAUUAUGCCCUUGCCUCCAAGAAGGGUGGCCAGUGGGUUAAACUCACAUACCAGGAGUACUACGACGAGUGCUGGAAAGCAGCAAAAAGCUUUCUGAAGCUGGGGCUGGAGCGUUUCCAUGGCGUGUGCAUCUUGGGAUUUAAUUCUGCAGAGUGGUUUAUUGCUGACAUCGGCGCUAUCCUGGCAGGUGGCUUUGCUGUUGGGAUCUACACCACCAACUCUCCCGAGGCCUGUCGCUACGUAGCAGAGAACUGCAGUGCAAAUGUGGUGGUUGUGGAAAACCACAAACAGCUGCAGAAGAUCUUAGAGGUUCAGGAUAAGCUACCUCAGCUGAAAGCCAUUGUCCAGUAUGGGGAAGAGCUAAAAGAGAAGAGACCAAACCUGUACUCGUGGAGUGAGUUCAUGGAGCUGGGCAAAGAUGUUCCAGAUGCUCAGCUCCAGGAGAUCAUCAAGUCCCAGAAGCCCAACCAGUGCUGCACACUGAUCUACACCUCAGGGACCACGGGGCAGCCCAAGGGAGUGAUGCUCAGCCACGACAACCUGACGUGGACGGCGUCGAUGGCUGGACGUUUCCUCAUGCUGGAGGAGGCCCAGGAGAAGCAGGAGCUGGUGAUCAGCUACCUGCCCCUCAGCCACAUCGCCGCGCAGAUGACGGAUAUCUGGACAGCAAUCACCUUCGGGGUGCAGGUCUUCUUUGCUCAGCCAGAUGCAUUAAAGGGCUCCUUGGUAGACACCCUGCGGGAGGUGAGGCCAACUGCUUUCCUGGGAGUGCCUCGUGUCUGGGAAAAAAUAGAAGAAAAAAUGAAAUCCAUAGGGGCAAAAUCCUCAGCACUCCGGAGAAAAGUGGCCUCGUGGGCCAAGGGAGUUGGGCUGCAGACAAACCUGAAGCGGAUGAACGGGUCUUCUGAAGUCCCCCUGAACUUCCGCUUGGCCACGCACUUGGUGUACAGGAGGGUGCGACGGGCCGUGGGGCUGGACCGCUGCACGAGGUGCUACACGGGGGCUGCUCCCAUCACCAGGGAGACCCUGGAGUUCUUCCUGAGCCUCAACAUUCCCUUGUUCGAGCUCUAUGGCAUGAGUGAGAGCUCAGGGCCUCACACGGUGUCCCUGCCUCAGGCCUUCAGGCUCACCAGCUGUGGGAAGGAGAUCACAGGCUGCAGGACGCUGAUCCAGGAGCCAGACAGCGAUGGCAACGGGGAGAUCUGCUUCUCAGGAAGGCACAUCUUCAUGGGCUACCUCAACAUGGAAGGGAAAACCAAAGAAGCAAUUGAUGAGGAGGGCUGGCUGCACUCGGGCGACCUCGGCAGGCACGAUAAAGAUGGGUUCCUCUAUGUCACAGGCAGGAUUAAAG